AGAUCUCCAGAGCCUAGCAGACAGCCUGGAACACAGCAUGUGGACUGAACUGACUUGGGAGAAUGAUAUUAUUUGAGAUCGGAACACUCAGAAUUAGUGGGGGCAUAAUUGUGUCAGAAAACAGUCUCCAGGUCUAAGCUGCUCAAGAGUGGAUUGAUCCCACUGUAUGAAAGGCCUUUGAAAGGAAAAUUCUCCACCACUUCUGCUAGAAGUUGAAUAGACGGAAACCUGUGGGUAAGCUGAUUGUCAUGGAGCCUGAAGACUUUGAUUCUGAGGACAAAGAGAUGUUAAGCUGGGAUAUUAAUGAUAUGAAACUGCCACAGAAUGUCAAAAAGACCGACUGGUUCCAGGAAUGGCCAGAUUCUUAUGAGAAGCACAUCUACAGCUCUGAGGACAGGAAUGCACAACGGCAUCUGAGCAGCUGGGCCAUGCGCAACACCAACAACCACAACUCCCGCAUCCUCAAGAAGUCCUGCCUGGGUGUGGUGGUGUGCAGCCGCGACUGCUCCGCCGAGGAGGGCCGCAAGAUUUACCUGAGACCUGCCAUCUGUGACAAAGCCCGGCAGAAGCAGCAGAGGAAACGCUGUCCUAAUUGUGAUGGGCCUCUGAAGCUGAUUCCUUGCCGAGGCCAUGGGGGCUUCCCGGUCACCAACUUCUGGAGGCACGAUGGACGCUUCAUAUUCUUCCAGUCAAAAGGAGAGCACGAUCAUCCAAAACCAGAAACUAAAUUGGAAGCCGAGGCAAGAAGGACAAUGAAGAAAGCACACACAGCAUCUUCCUCUGUCUCCUUAAAGCUGAAGGGGAGCCCAGAGACAAAGUCUCUUUCAGGUGAAACUCAAAGUUGGGGAAGUUUACCUUUAACUUGGUCUUUCCAGGAAGGCGUCCAAUUGCCUGGUAGUUACAGUGGACGUUUAAUAGCUAAGCCUCCCCAGCAGAAGUCACUGAAUGAUUGCUUAUUCUUCUCCAAGACUUACUGUUUGGGGGGAACUACUGAUUUGGCAGACCCCACUUCCACCUUGGGCCCCACUAAGCUCUAUGAGAAAUGCAAACUGUCCAGUAGUUGGAUCUAUAAUAGUGGGGACCUGCUUCAUCCUGUUUCUGGAGUCUUCUCUGACUACGAUGAUCGGCAAACGUGGAAUAAAAACACUGCUUUGGGGAGAAAUUCUCUUAAUGACAACUGUUGUCCCAAUUAUCCUUUUCCUCUGACCAGCUGGCCUUAUGACUUCCCCCCUUCUCAGAACUCUUCAGAACCCUUUACCGAGCAGAUUCCAGUGGAACCACCUGCAGCUGAAAGUAGCUAUCGUCCAUUAUGGCCAAAUCCAGGGGGCGAUCUUUAUGAAGAGAAGGUGCAUGUGGAUUUUAGCAGCUGCUACCCUUCCACCACAUGCCAUUCACCUCAGGAAGACCCCUUUCUCUUUACCUAUACCUCCCAUCCCCACCAUCAAUAUUCAUUGACAGGCAAGAGCAGCAAGUGGGAUUUUGAUGAAGAAAUGAGGGGCAUGGGUUUGGAUCACUACAACAAUGAAAUGCUUCUAAACCUCUGUCCUUUAAGAUGAUCCAAAUCUAAAUCCUUGUACACUAUUAGCAGAAAUGUAAUUUAGUGCAGACACUAUGGAAAAUAGUAUAGAGGUUCCUUAGAAAAUUAAAAAUAGGACUACCUGCACUCCCAUGUUCAUUGCAGCAUCAUUCACAAUAGCCAAAGUAUGGAAACUACCUAAGUGUCCAUCAACAGAUGAAUGGAUAAAGAAAAUAUGGGGUGUGUGUGUGUAUAUACAUAUAUACAUAUACAAUGGACUAUUAUUCAGCCACACAAAAGCGAGGAACUCCUACCAUUUGCGACAACAUGGAUGGACCUUGAGGGCGUUAUGCUAAGUGAGAUGAGUCAGACAGAAAAAGACAAAUACUGUGUGAUCUCAACUUACAUAUGGAAUCUUAAGAAACCCAAAUUCAUAGAAACAGAUCAGAUUGGUGGUUGCCAGAUGUGGGGGGGGUGGGGGGUGGGGAGAGAAUUUGGUGAAGGCGAACAAAAGCUACAAACUUCCAGUUUUAAGAUAAAUUAAGUCCUGGAGAUGUAAUGUACAACAUGAUGACUCUGGUUAACAAUAUUGUAUUGUAUAUUUGAAAGUUGCUAAGAGAGUAGGUCUUAAAUGUUCUUAUGACAAGGGGAAAAAAUUGUAACUAGGUGAAGCGAUGGGUAUUAACUUAUUGUGGUAAAAAUUUGGUAGUAUAUACAUAUAUCGGGUCAUUAUGUUGUACAUCUUAAACUUCUACAAUGUUAUAUGUUAAUUAUAUCAAUAAAACU